CGCUCGGCCUCACGCUCUCCCUCCGCCACCUCCCUCCCCAGAGAUGGUGGCCAGUCCUCCCUCCCGUUCCUGUUCUAUACUCCCUUCUCUUCCUCCCCGACCUCCCCUCUCCUUCCCCCUCUGUUCGGCCCACACCUCGUGCCCGCUGUGAGGAGCGGCGGCAGGGCAAGGCGCGGUGGCUGCAUCCAUCGGGGGGCCGGUGCGAGGAGUUCCGGCUCUGGCCAAGUAGGGAGGCCCCCUUGUUUGGUUGGAAGAACCAUUGGAUACAUGGGCAGGCCUCGAGGAAAGAGCAAGAAAGCGAUCGAAGCCGCGAGCAACGACGACGAAGACGGCAGCGGCGGCGAGGAGGAGGUGCCGCCCACCCCCAAGAGGAGGGGGAGAAGGCCUCAGAAGCCUCUCAACGACGACGCCGACGACAAGGACGGCGCCGAGGCCGAGGAGGAGGAGGAUGCAGGAGACGGCGCAAAACCCGUGGUGCGGCCAAGCAUCAAGGACUCGAAGAGCUCGUCCGAGGGCGGAGGCAAGAAGCGGCGGCGGCGGCGGCUGCUGAAGCGCGGCCCCGACGAGCUGGUGCAAGAAGAGGACGAGGAGGGCCGUGUGAAGUCCAAGUCCAAUGGGUUCCGGUCAAACGGAAGCCGGCGGAAGAGCACUCCCCGGCGAGCCGCCGAGGCCGGGGUGGAGUGCAUGUGAAGUGAGCAUCUGCCGGAUAAGCUAGAGCGAGCUACUUGCGUUUUUACCUUUUUUUUUUUGCAUUUUCACUGAAGCUUUUAUCCAUUUCUGUUACAUAGAUCAAACAUGCAUCUUUGAAGCGUGUGGUAGUUCCAUUUCAUUUCUUAGGAGCACGAUCAUGUUCGUGCCAUUAUGUGCUGGUCGGUGGAUGACAAGCUACUAAGCUAGCUAGUUAUACGCUUAUAGCAUCAAGGUAGUAGUAGUGACUGCUGGUGGUUUGCGUUAAAAGGUUAAGAAAUCAUUCCCGGUGAACAAUUUAAUAUUUA